AUGUCUUCGUCAGACUCCGACGCAUCGUUGUCAACCUAUAACUCCACAAAACGCGCGUCUUCAUCAAAUUCUAACCGCACGUCAUUGGAAAAGUCUAGCUCCAAAAAACGUGCAUCUUCAGCAGACUCUGACAUGUCAUUGCCAACCUCCAGCUCCAAAAAACGUGUUGCAACGGAUGAGAUCCUUGAUAAUCUGACUGCCACGGGCAGACAGAAGAAGAUAAAGUUGAGCGAUGCAUUAUCAGAAUAUUGCACUGCCGGGCGCAAGGCAGUUGUCACCUUAAGUCCAUUUGCGAACAUGUCGCUUGCAUUUCAUUACGGGAUGACCCUUGAUAAGGGUGGUUCAUCCAGUUCCAACAUAUCUGAAGAACAACAGAGACGAUUUCUCGCAUUCUACAACACUAUUCUAGAUUUCGUUCCGGGUUUUCGUGCGAAUCUCGAUGACCUGUCGUACGACGAACUCAAACCUUACAUUACAGCGAUCAGUAGUUCAAUGAGCUCACAACGCUCUGACGACUUUUCAUCCCUGAAGUACUCAAUGCUUGAGUAUAUUCUCGCUAACUGCAGCACUGAUACCCUCCAACCUCCCAUCCCAAAGUCGUCCUGCAAGUCAAACCGUGGCGUCAAUCAUCCCCGACUAGCGCGUGAACUGUGCCCCAAGAAAUGGCUCAAUGAAUUUGACGAUGACGCAGACCUGCAAGCUCUACUUAUAGAGGGAUACAAUGUCUGCAAGAUGGAGCAUGGCCUCUUCUGGCUACCAACUGGCAACUGGCCAUCUUUUCUCUAUCCAGCUGAUGCUGUUUACGACGCGGAAGAUCCAAUCAUUGGCCUGUUUUGUGGACACGCAGGUAUCAGGGCAUUUCAGCAUCUAUACUUAGGACCUGCUGCUGCAGGAUUACAAGAUAAUGACGACAAAGAUGGCAAACAUGGUGGAGGAAAGUCGAAGUGCACCAUGUAUGGACUAACAAAGGUAACACCGCAGUCGUGGGCCUGGGCUAUGUGUGUGGCAUGGUUCUCCCUAUGCAGCUGCAACUCAUACAGGCUCACCAUCGGCUCAUUCAGCCUUGAAGAGUUCUUUUUUGCCAUCGUUGAGACACUCGAUGAUGCUGAGGAUCCGUGGACAGUGGAAACUCUCGAAUGGAUCAACGAACAAGUAUUCGGCAAACAUGCAGCCAAGGCCAUGAUGGCCACUUCGAACGAUGCUGACUCUGAUCUUGCAAAAAUGCGGGCGAAACGCGCUGCCCACAAACAAGGGGCCCCCUCAACUACAGCGACUAGCAAUCCUGUUGCCAGUGCUCCGCCUCGUCUGCCUCGUCCAAAGCCGACCCGGAAAGAAGCAGCCCCCUCAACUGCAGCGACUAGCAAUUCUGUUGCCAGUGCUCCACCUCGUCAUCCUCCUCCAGAGCCCUUGACUCCAGCAACCAGCAAUGCUGCACUGGUAGGCAGUAUUGCGGUCAGUGUUCCUCCCCCAAGUCAGCGUCCUGUCACCCCACCUAGUAGGCUAUCGUCGCUUGCUCCAUCAUCGCCGUUGUCGCUCCUGCCUUCACCUAAACUCCCACCAUCCUUGAAGCCAGGCACUUCCAUUGUGAAACCUGCCGAACCUGCUACUGCUCCUUCCGAACCUGCCACCACUGACAAUGCUCCUGCUGCUCCCACUGAUCAUCACCCACCUCCGACUGCACGACGAAAGGUAGUCCCGAAACCCAAGCCUGCAAAGCCAAAGUCGAGUGUCCGCCCCACACGUCUUGUUGCUAGCUGUGCCCAAGUUGAUGUUGAAGAACCAGCACCUGUCAUACCUCAGAAGAAAAAGGCUGUGCCUCGUCGUGGUAGAAAGGCUGCUUAG